AUGAAGUACCAUUCUGCACUCCUGGCGCUGCCCUGCGCGCUCGUCGCCGCCGUUCCUUCACCAGCCCAGCAAUCACCCCUCCAGAACUUUAUCGCCGACCAACAACCCCAAUCCUCGCGAUGGCGCCUCUUCGAUAAUCUGGUCGACUCGAUUGAUCUCCCGCCCCCAGCACAUACGUUUGCAAGAUAUGGCGAGGAUUUGGUACUGCGGUUCAACAUCAGUGCGCACAAUGAGGCGGCGAGUCUGGCAGAGGCGGCGGAUACUUUGAUGCUGGACAUCUGGGAGUUCUCGCAAGACUGGGUCGACAUCAGGUUAUCGAAGGAAACUGUGCCCCUUCUGCUCGGCCUGCUGCCUGCAAGCCUUCAACAUUCACAUGCCCCACUGCUGCAAGAAAAGGCGCUCGCACAAGCUAUACAUGACAACUAUCCUCAUCGAACGGGCGAGCAGAGCAAGACACAAUCUCCUGCACAUCUUCCCACGCGCAAGCCAUUCGGCCCAGACCUCGAGCCAGCCGUGACCGGUGCCGAGACCAACAUAUUCUUCGCGGACUACCAGCCAUUGACGGUGAUUGAACCAUGGCUGCGUCUGCUCUCUUCUCUCUUCACUACACAUGUCCGGCACAUCAAUAUCGGCCUGUCAUAUGAGGGACGAAACAUCCCAGGACUUCGCGUCGGCGUACAUCCCACCAACGCCGAAGACCCCAACCCACCCAAACGCAAGACGAUCGUCGUAGUCGGCUCCCUCCAUGCUCGCGAAUGGAUCAGCACGACUACAGUCAACUACAUUGCCUACUCCCUGAUCACAGGCUACGGUAAAGUCACUGGCAUAGAAAGCCUCCUCCGAACCUUUGACUUCGUCUUCAUCCCGACCUUGAACCCAGAUGGUUACGUAUACACAUGGGAAACCGACCGUCUCUGGCGCAAGAAUCGCCAACGGACCGGCAACCGCUUCUGCAACGGCAUCGACCUCGACCGCGGCUUCGGCUUCGAAUGGACCUCCAGCGAAAGCCCCUGCUCAGAGUCGUACUCGGGCGACGAACCCUUCGAAGCCGUCGAAGCACGCGCCUUCGCCGACUGGGCCAAAAACGAGACGGAAAACAACAACGUCGACUUUGUCGGCUUCCUCGACCUCCACUCCUACUCCCAGGAGAUCCUCUACCCGUACAGCUACUCCUGCAGCGACACGCCCCCCGGCCUCGAGAACUUGGAAGAAGUCGCCUUCGGCCUCGGCAAAGCCAUCCGCACCUCGAGCGUCCACGGCCACGCCUACGAAAUCAUGCCCGCGUGCGAAGGCAACGUCGCAUACACAUCCAACAAGAAGCACCAGCUCACGCCGCGCCUCGAGCCCUCAGGCGGCUCGGCGCUCGACUACUUCUACCACGAAAUGGGCGUCCGAUACGCUUACCAGCUCAAACUCCGCGAUCGUGGAACGUAUGGGUUCUUGCUCCCCAAGGAGAACAUCAUCCCCACCGGCAAGGAGAUCUUGAAUGCAGUCCUGUACUUUGGCGCGUUUCUGGGCGAGUUGUACGAUCGGGAUGCCAAGGAGGUCAAGCUCACCAAGCCUGAGAUGGAGGAGGACGAGGCAGUGAAUGUACCUCCAAAGCUCGAUGUGCUGGACGACUACGAACACGAGGGUCUUGAAGACGACGAGGACGACUGGGUCACAGUCAAAGACUUAGACCCCGACGACGUGAACUGGGAGCUAAGGCGGCGGAGAAGGAGGUGA